UGGUAUUAAGUGAGAGGUUAGUUAGUCAGUCUUCCCCCCUUCCUUCCUCUGUCUUUCACUUCUCUUCAACUUCCUUUAGCUUCCAGAGAAGUUCUUCAGAGAAAAGAAAAAAAAAUUAAUUGGAAGUUGAAGAAGAUAGAAACAACCCAACCCAAUUCAAUCCAACCCAACGUUUUUUUUCUCUCUUUUCUUUUUUGAAUCUUGUGAUUCAAAUCUUGUUCUACAGCUAAUUUCUUCAAUUUUUCAACUGUUUUAUUUCCUUUUUGUAACUGGGUCUACUUGAUUCAAUGCUUAUGGUUUUUUGUUGAGAGAAAAAUUGUUUCGGGCAGCAUAAAUUAGAAUCUGGGCAGAAGAUGUCCUGGAAAAUUAAGCCCGAACAAUCUUCACGAAGCGUCGUUUCACAGAGAUGGGCAGUUUUUCUUUGCCUGGGCAGCUUCUGUUUAGGGAUGUUCUUCACCAACAGGAUGUGGAAUGUUCCAGAACCUAAAGGAAUCACUAGAACAACGGCAUUUGAAGCCGAAAAGUUAAAGUUAGUUUCAGAAGGUUGUGGUCCGAAAUCGUUGGAUGAGAAGGAAGUAAAGCGCGUGUCGAAAGACAUUUUUGGAGAAGUCUCUAAGACUCACAAUGCUAUACAAACAUUAGAUAAGACAAUUUCAAAUUUGGAGAUGGAAUUGGCUGCUGCCAAAGCAGCUCAGGAGUCUAUACAGAGCGGUUCGCCUUCAUCGGAUGAUCUAAAGAAUACCCAAUCAUCUGGGAAAAGAAGAUACUUAAUGGUUGUAGGGAUCAAUACUGCUUUUAGCAGCAGGAAAAGACGAGAUUCAGUUCGCGCGACAUGGAUGCCCCAAGGUGAAAAGAGAAAGAAACUAGAAGAGGAGAAGGGGAUUAUAAUUCGAUUUGUCAUUGGCCAUAGUGCCACAUCUGGAGGUAUCCUUGACAGAGCUAUUGAAGCAGAGGACAGAAAGCAUGGAGAUUUCCUUAGACUGGACCAUGUUGAAGGGUACCUUGAAUUGUCUGCCAAGACAAAGAUUUAUUUUGCUACAGCAGUUGCAUUGUGGGAUGCGGAUUUCUAUAUCAAAGUUGACGAUGAUGUUCAUGUAAAUAUAGCCACACUAGGAGAAACGCUAGUCAGACAUCGAUCAAAACCAAGGGUUUAUAUUGGAUGCAUGAAAUCUGGUCCUGUCUUGUCACGAAAGGGAGUUCGAUACCAUGAACCCGAACACUGGAAGUUUGGUGAGUCCGGUAACAAGUAUUUCCGCCACGCAACAGGCCAGUUGUAUGCCAUUUCAAAGGAUUUAGCAACCUACAUAUCGAUAAACCAGCAUGUUCUGCACAAGUAUGCCAAUGAAGAUGUUUCCUUAGGAUCUUGGUUUAUUGGACUUGACGUGGAGCACAUCGACGAUCGGAGACUUUGUUGUGGAACUCCCCCCGAUUGUGAAUGGAAGGCACAAGCAGGCAACAUCUGUGUCGCCUCAUUCGACUGGAGCUGCAGCGGGAUUUGCAGGUCUGCCGAGAGGAUUAAGGAAGUCCAUCGUCGAUGUGGAGAAGGCGAGAAUACAUUAUGGAGUGCCACCUUCUAAAACAGAAUGCUUGCUUCAUCUCCUUCCAAACUCGGGAGGGUCUACGAGCUCACUAGUUCGGUUUUUGUAUCAGUAUAGAAUUUGUAUUGUAUUAUCAUAGUACAGAGAGAAAGAGAGAGAGAAACCCAAAAGAAAAAAAAAACAAAAAAAAAGAGAGAGAGAGAGAUAGAGAUUGGCUGUGCAAGGCAACUCCAUCCAUAUUAGGCCUUGGAGAGUAAAGCUAAAGUAGCCAGCUGAAAAGAGCAAGAGAAGGGCUUCAACACCACCAUUCUUUGUGGCUUUUAGAUGUCACUUUCAGAAUUUUAUGGUAUUCAAGCUCCUAAUAAAUACAUUUGCUAGUAGAUUUUUCAGGCUUUGCUAAGUUUUUCCCCUUGUCAUUUCAAUAAAUUUAAAGAAUGGUUAGUCAGGGGAACUCUUCUACA